AUGGACUCAACAGCAUCUUCAGCUGCGCAAGACCCAUACCGCAAGCGGUGUCUGGUACCGUAUCCAACCCUUGAAGAACUUCCCCCAGUUGUGCGCGACAAGCUACAAAUUUUACCCUUUCGCCGCAAUAUUCUCUUUACAAUUGCCCGAUCGCACGGGCUUGCACCUCACCUACUGGGCCUAAUCGGCGCGUGUUUCGAUGGUUCCCAGCGGAAGCUCCCAACACUGGAAUGGCAAUUGAUUGUCCUGCGAACCGCUACUGUUCUCGGGGCCAAAUACGAGUGGGAUGUGAACCUCCCCGUCGCGGAGGUCUACGAGAUGCCGCAAGAAAAGAUCGACGACAUCGCGUGCUCCGCAGAAGACAUUCUGGACCACGGUAAAGGCCCGUGGACCGAUAGGGACCGAGUCCUGCUGCGGUUGGUGGACGAGCAGUUGGCGACUUAUUCGAACGAAGAAAAGACCGUGGGGGAUGCAGUGCAAGAGCUAGGCCCAGACCUAGUCGUGGAGGCUCUGGUUGUGAUCGGUCUGUAUGCACUGCUCGCGAGGGUACUCAAUGGAUUAAGGGUCGAUGAUGAUCCGGAGGUUCCUGAUCUGAAAGAAAAGAUCAAACGGGCGAUAACUGCAACCAAAUGA